AUGACUGGUUGGGCCCUCGAGGCCUUUGAUGAAGGAGUGGCCGCAGCUGCGGCCGGCGACGAGAGGGCUCGUCGCCGGGCACGCCGGGCUUUCAGGUGGAGAGGCGGAGGGAGAGGGAGGAGGCGGAGGGAGAGGGAGGAGGCGGAGGAGGCGGCGGCGGCAGAUGCUGCUGUCGUACAGGCGAGGAAGAUCGCGGUGGCCAACCGCGAGGCGGAGGUGAAGAGGUGGCGGGAGGAGGUGACGGCCCGCGAGGACGCGGUGGACGUGGCGAUGGCCGCGCUCCACCAGGAGCAGAUGGCGGCUGGUGGUGAGGAGGAGGAUGGGGAGGAGGAAUAA